UUGGUCGUGAUGAUUGGCAUUCGCAAAUCGCUGGAUCUACUUUUCACCCGUCGUGAGCUCAAGAUUCUCGAUGACGUGAUGCCAGAGUCAACGAAAAAACAUGCGGAUGAUCUUCGUCAGCUGGAGAGCGGCGAGGAGCAGCAGGAACCCUCGGAUUAUGGUGAUCCCCGUAAUCUCCAGAUAUCAUUGGCCAAUGGAAAUGUCAUGAAGAUACCAUUAGCCAGCAUCAAUAUCAGCGAGGAAGUCAAUAAAAGUGGAAUAUGGAAGCAAGUUAACGAUGGCAACUCAACCGAUAAGAAACAACCGAAGAUGAUCAAUGUUGGAAAGCAGAAGAGACAAUCGAAGAAAGACGGUAGUCCAGUCGAUGAGACAACGCGUUUGACCACAAUGACGGAGGAGGAUGAGGAUGAUUGCGGUAUUUCUAUCAAGGUAGAUCUUAUCCGCUCGAAGGAAUCGACUGGAUCUUUUAAACCCAAUGGCACCACUUCUGCUGAAACUUCAGUUUGAAGAACAUGCAAACAGUGGAGAACAAUCAUUGAGUAGAUUGUCUUCCUCAAUUGAUAAAUUGAAAAUCAUCGCUUUAUUUUUUAUUUUAAAAAAUCACAGCAGAUCAUCUCGGUUUUUCCAACGCACAUUAUAUCGCUGGUCAGCAGUUGAGACGAGAUAAUUCAAGUAUUAUGUUGUAAUUUGUACGAUUGUGGGGGUGGAGUGAGUGGAAUUAAUAUCACUCGUUUAUAAUUAUGAAUAUUUACAUGAACGAUUGAAAGUAUGAAAUUUAUACGCUCAGAAUGUGCGUAAUGAUCUACAUAUGUUUGAUGGGUACUACAAUAUUUGUGUGUGCUUGUUACAAUAGUUGAAUUUGUUGAUUUACAACAGCAGGAUGUUCAUUGUCAAUUGUUACACCUGUUUUUAGUGAUCGUUAAUUAAGAGUACGUGAGGUUCAAGCCUAUUAUCAAUUGGUAUAAGUGCAAUGUGUAACGAAUUAAAUGAAAUUUGUAUUGCUAUUGUGUUUGAUAGUUAAUGAGUCCAUGUUACUUGACGUUUGGCAACUGAUUGCUUUUGAGAGCAUAUUUUAGGUAGACAUGUGUUAAAUGUUAUAAGAGAGCAGUUUUGUUGAAUAAAAAAAAUUUAUAUGAAAAGAGCCUAAGUCGAAAAAAAUUCGUCGCAAAUGAAAUAUUAUUUUGCCACAUUCUCAGUGCCAUUGCAUAUGCAACAAGAUGUAUGUUUAAAUAAAUUAUUA